AUGCUGGUGCUGUCGUGCGCGCUGACGGAGGAUACGCGGCACGUGGUGGACCGGGGCGCUGGGCAGGGCGGCGUGCUCGUCAACGUCGGCCGCGGCGGCCUGGUCGACGAGCCGGAGCUGGUGCGGUGCCUGCGGGAGGGCGUCAUUAGCAGCGCCGGGCCGGACGUGCUGGCGGAGCUCCUCGCCAUGGACAACAUCGUGCUGUCAGGCCACAGGGUCGUGCUCACGUCGGAGUCCAUGUGCUCCAACCCUCGCGCCAAAAGACCGAGCGGUCGGGCCAAAAAGAGCGACGUCGCAGGAUAG